AUGAAGAGGAAAAGGAUGAUUUUGGGCAGAAAUGACGGGGUCAUCGUGAUCGCCGCGACCAACUUCAAGGAGUCGCUAGAUAAAGCCCUCGUCAGGCCUGGGCGUUUUGACCGUCAUGUCCAGGUUCCUCUUCCAGAUGUCGAGGGCCGACGGCAGAUCCUCGAGUCUUAUAUCUCAAAGGUGAAAGCCAAGGGUGUGGAUGUGUUGACAAUCGCUACGGGGACACCUGGGCUCUCAGGUGCAGACCUUGCAAACCUGGUGAAUGAGGCCGCCCUCACCGCUGCCAAGGACGGGGCGAAAGCUGUUACGAUGCAUCACCUAGAGUAUGCCAAGGACAGGAUCAUGAUGGGAAGCGAGCGCAAGUCAGCGGUGAUACCUGAUCAUUCCAGGAAGAUGACCGCGUACCAUGAGGGAGGGCACGCUCUUGUUGCUAUCUUCACAGACGGUGCUGAUGCUGUCGACAAGGCCACCAUUGUUCCCAGGGUGGGUGCUCUUGGCAUGGUGAUGCAGCUGCCAGGGGAAGAUGCCGAGUUUGAACUCUCGAGGAAGCAGAUGCUGGCGACUCUAGAUGUCAUGAUGGGCGGGCGGGUGGCCGAGGAGCUUAUAGCCGGAGAAGGCAGGGUCACCACUGGUCCCUCAACUGAUCUAAGUGAGGCGACUCAGCUGGCGACUGACAUGGUCACCAAGUAUGGCAUGGGCAAGCGGGUGGGCUUUGUUACCUAUAGCAAUGGCGGUGAUGCUAGCGGUGGCAAGGCGACGAACAUGAGCGGGCGGAUGUCAGAACUGGUUGACGAGGAGGUGAAAGAUUUACUGGACAACGCUUACAAGAACGCCAAAGCGAUUCUCACGGAUCGUAGGAAGGAGCUUGAUGCGCUAGCCAACGCCCUCCUGAAGGAUGAGACUCUCACUGGUGACCAGAUCAAGAAACUAGUAACAGGAGGUGGAAGUAAAUGGUUUUGACAAUAUUCCUUUGACAGCUAAGAGAUUGAACAGACAGUUUGGUCAUGUUUCUUCUUCUUUUUGGUUCAUUAUUAUAGCUGCAUACACACAAGUGUAAA